AUGGUUCGUGUGCACCCUGUCGACCGCACGGAGACUGCAACCUGUUUUCUGGGCAGCCUGGCAGCUCUGCGAUGUUUGAGGGACACGAAAGAAGUGCAUGUUGUCAUCAGUUUGUGCACAUCUGAGAUGCAAAAAAGUCGUGGACAACCUGAAGAAGGCUGGGCGGCAUUCUUGACUGGAAUGUCUCUGGAACACGUCACGAUCGACUUGCACGAUCCCAGAACAAAGUGGCCCGGAGAAGAUUAUUUUUGCGAAGAGAUGGGCAACUGCUAUUUCGCCGCAUGGCAAAAUAUGUGUAUAAAAAUCAGUCGUUCUCUUUUGGGGCGGGGAGACAAUCUCUCGACUGGCUUGCUGUUUCAUUGUUUUGGUGGCAUCAAUCGGAGCAGCGCUGCUUUGGCUGCGUGGCUGAUCUUCAAGCACGCAAUGGACGCAGACGAUGCCAUUGAUGUGCUCUUGAAGGCACGUCCUACUCUCAAUCCUUGGGACAAAAGGCCACACAUUUUGUGGGCGCUCAAGACUUGGGAGAAGAGAAAUGACGCCAACGUCGAAGAGAUCAAAGUGUUCAGUGUCCAUGUGACCAAGGUGGAUGGCCGCUUUCACGACAGUCUCCGCAGUGAUCCGGAAACAAGUUUUGCCGCAAUGUGCAAAGAAACGUUGCGGAAGCACGAACAUGGCAGUGACGUGCUUGAAGCCAUCCGAGUACCGCGGCGACCAGAACACUGCCGUGGCCGGUCGCAUUGUGAUCCUCAAGCACCAGGAGAUCCAGUCGAGAAAAGGAACACAAGCGGCGGCAGCGCCCACUGGUGGCAGAAAAGGCAAGGGCAGCCGGAGACCCGCCCGCUUCGGAAGUUGGAAGCCCAUGUCGCUGCUACGCAGAGCUUGAGUGAAGUGCUCUACGUGGAAGCUUGGGGCGAAAACGGAGACAAUGACAAGUUAGCACAAAAGUGCCAGGUCGGUGGUCUGGUCAUUGUGCAGAAGCUUCAUGAAGAUCCGUGGCAGGGAAUACCAGCCGUGCAUCCGCUAGUGCCGCUCUCUGCGUUGGAUCGGGUCAGAGAUCGACAGCAGAUUUGUGUUGCGGUCACAAUUGUGGAGAAUCCGGGUUCGGUGGAACGUCAGACAAAAGAUGGUGCUGCGUUGGUGUGCAAUGCUAUUGUGCAGCAAGGAACAACGCGAGUGAGAUGUUCUUUUUGGCAUGAGCAAGCCGAAGAAUUGGCAGCGCAGCCAGCUGGAACGAGUCUGAUGCUCUACCAGGUUUUGAUCACCAAGCGCAAGGAUGAAAGAUCGUGGGAGAUCGGCAGCUGGCGAGGCACUUCUCUUGUGGCAUGCAGUGCAGAGAUGGCGACGGCGAUGCAGGCAGAACUGGCCCACCAAGACAAUUGCCGCAUGUUGACCGAAAUUCCGGUGAAGGAUUGGAUUGGCUGCCCUGCCACCGUCACAUCCUUGAGCGCUCUGGUGGGAGCGAUCGUGCCUGGGCAAUUGCGGAAGUUGGAGAUAGUCUUUGAAGUUGUCGGUUUGCAAGUUUUGGGCAUUUCGUCUGUGAAGACGGAAACGGAUGUGCUCACGCUCGCAGAUUGCAACUGCCAGUGCACCGUCGUGCUGUACCACGAACUGGUGCUGCGAGCAGCCGCCAGCAUGGGUUGCACGCUCUCCGACACGGUGCACGACACCCCGGCAGUGCGCCUGCAGCUGCGUGACUUGUUCCGGGGGGCCCAGUGGCUUUGCAGAUUCACUUUCCGUGAAAACGAGUAUCAACAAACUCUAGAGCUAGAGUGCCGUCAUCUGCAGCCGUGCUGGCGGGCCAGCGGAGCGAGCGCUGUCGUCGAGCCUGGCGCGCUCCAGCGGAAAGUUCCGCACUGCCAGUUGAAUACUGGCUGUCCCGUGGCACCUUUGAACAUGCUGCAGGUCGAUGUGCAGUUAGGGUUGAUUUGUAUUGGUGACGUGGAAGCUAGUUUCGUGCGGGCUCUGGUGGCUUUCAAUGACGUGCCCCUGCCCGAUGAUGAAACUCUUCAGCAAGACAACACAGCCAUCUCGGCGAUGCGGGUGAAGAGAUCCGUCGAUUGCCUGCUGUCUGGUGCUGCCGAGGCAAGCGUGAUGCACCGGGCAAAGCUGCGGGGCGCUGGUCCGGCUUCGCUACGCACUUGGUGGUCUUGGCCCACACGGAAGAACAAGGCGAGUGGAGUGUGCUCUGGCACGUCCCAGUUGAUGCACACCAUGUGA